CCCCCAACCAUGACAAUGAUCACUUCGAUUUGCGUGACGUUGCUCGCACUUCUCGGGAACUCGUCGGCGUUCUCCUUCUCUCCUUCUGCGACCGCGCUGCGCCGUGAUCGUUCGCCAACGGCAGCUCGGCAACAACAUGCUCGAUUUGCCAACGCGCAGGCUCUACCUUGGACUCCUAGAAGCAAUGCCGUCAGCAGAGAGGGAGGCACUGUUGUGCUGAAAGCCUCAGACCUUCCUGCAGCUGGUGGGGGCGGUGGCGCCUCGUCCCGCCCCCCUUUGGACGUGGCUGCUGUGGCGAAGUACAUCGCUGGAACGGCUGGGGAGUUCACCAUCAUCAUGGGGUUGCUGGCGCUGAUGCAAGGGAAGUUGCUACCUCGCCUACCCGCAAAGUGGGCACAACGAACCGUGUUUCUCACGUUCGGCUUCCUAGCCAUGAAAUCGAGAACGUUCAGCUUGCUGAACGCGCGUCGUCCCUCCCUGGCGAAGGAGAAAGAGGAGAAGAUCGAGCGUCGCCGUCCAGACUGGAUGCCGCCUAUCAAAGCCUUCCCCGUCAUCUGGAUCACCAUUGGCGUGCUGAGGGCACUUUCCACCGCCAUGGUGUGGGAGGCUCUCGGAGGUAACCUAGUGGCAACUCCGAUCGCGGCGAUGGUGCUCCACCUCAGCGUCGGCGACACGUGGAACCACAUCAACAACGUCGAGAAGAAGCUCGGAGUGGCUGUGUCCGGUGUCUUCCUGGUGUGGCUGAGCGUCGCGAAUGCAGUGUACCGCUACUACCAAGUGCUGCCCAAGGCUGGCCUGGUGCUGCUGCCUAGUCUUCUGUGGAUAUCCGUCGCGAACCUUCUUGUGCAGUCCAUCUGGCGCCUCAACGGAAAGGAGCCCCUGUACCCGCCCAAGCAAACCUCCUGAAGACCUUCUCCUCAUCAACAAAAAGACCCCACCAAGCCGGAGGUGAGGUUUCACGGACACAAGGAAGGAGACUGUUGCCAUGCCGCGAUGAGCCUGUUUCCACAAUAAUCGUGCAGGCUUGGGGCUUCACGAAGGAGAGGGAAGCGUCAAGCAAGACCGACACAUUCCCCAUUCGCGCAAGUACGAGAUUGGGUAGCGGGGGUUGGCCCUCUUUUCGGUGUUCACUAGUCACAUUAUUUGAUAAAGCAGUUGGUUACUUGAUGAAUACAGUGUAUUGGCGCAAUCGGGACUCAGGCAGACGGCGGAACAAAGGCGUUGGACCAGCCAGCCCCCUUGCUGAGGCGAAGGUGUGCCCCACCACUAUGCCCCGGAGAUUCCCCGGAGCACACGCCGGGCUGUCAUGAUGCUAUUCCC